AUGGCUGUCCUCAGAUAUGUGCGCUCAAUCAAGGACCCGCUCAUACUCUUCAUCACUCCGGUGCUGCUUCUCCCCCUGCCCUUGGUGAUCGGGACACCGGAGGCAGAAUGUGCCUAUGUCAUUGUGCUGAUGGCAGUAUACUGGUGCACAGAGGUGAUGCCCCUGGCCAUCACUGCUCUGCUGCCAGCUCUCCUUUUUCCUCUGUUUGGGAUCAUGAAAUCAAAAGAUGUAUGUAUGCAGUACCUAAAGGACACAAACCUCCUGUUUGUGGGGGGGCUGAUGGUGGCAGUGGCAGUUGAGCACUGGAAUCUUCACAAACGCAUCGCUCUAAGAGUUCUGCUCUUUGUAGGAGUUCGGCCGGCACUUUUGAUGUUAGGUUUUAUGGGAGUCACUGCCUUCUUGUCCAUGUGGAUCAGUAACACUGCGACCACAGCCAUGAUGGUGCCUAUAGUCCAGGCUGUAUUGGAACAGCUCAACAACAAUGAAGCUCAAUAUUCUCAUAUAACAAAUUCUGAGCAGCAGCUCCAGACACCAGACAGUGACAACAAGCAUCUCCCUGAAAAACAGAACGAAACACAAGGUGCCGUUAUUUUAACAUUCCUGGAUGCUGAGGCAGAAGCAGCCAAACAAAAGGAGGCUGCUGAGAGAAGAAGGAUGUGCAAAGGGAUGACUUUGUGUGUGUGUUAUGCUGCCAGCAUUGGCGGAACCGCCACGCUAACGGGGACUGGCCCAAAUUUGGUGCUUAAAGGACAGAUGAACCAAUUAUUCCCUGACAAUGGAGAUGUGAUUAACUUUGCUUCUUGGUUUGGUUUUGCAUUCCCCAACAUGAUCAUCAUGCUCAUGCUGGCUUGGUUGUGGUUACAGUUUGUCUUCAUGGGAUUUAACUUAAAGAAGACGUGGGGAUGUGGUGCAACAAAGACAGAGAAAGAAAUAGCUGCCUAUAAUGUUAUCCGAGAAGAGCACCGGGCACUGGGGCCAAUGUCGUUUGGAGAAAUUAGUGUCUUGUGUCUUUUUGUUCUCCUGGUGGUGCUGUGGUUCACCAGGGAUCCAGGUUUUGUCAAUGGCUGGGCUACAGACAUCUUCAACUCUAAAGCAGAGUAUGUGACAGAUGCCACUGUGGCCAUCUUUAUUGCUGUACUUCUUUUUGUUCUACCAUCCAAGCCUCCACGCUUCUGGAGGUGUCAAAAUGAACAAAUGUUGAAUACUCCACCGCUUCUGACAUGGAAAGUGGCCCAGAAAAAGUUACCUUGGGGUAUUGUCCUUCUGCUUGGUGGGGGGUUUGCACUAGCAAAGGGUAGCGAAGAAUCUGGACUUUCCAAAUGGAUGGGAGACCAGAUGAGUCCCCUACAAACCAUUCCUCCAUGGGCUAUAGCGAUCAUCUUAUGCCUGUUGAUUGCUACUUUCACAGAGUGCACCAGUAAUGUGGCCACCGCUACACUCUUCCUGCCAGUCCUGGCUUCAUUGUCUCAGUCCAUUGGGAUGAAUCCACUGUACGUCAUGGUGCCAUGUACUCUCAGUGCGUCAUUUGCUUUCAUGUUGCCUGUGGCCACACCACCAAACGCUAUUGUUUUCUCGUAUGGAUACCUCAAAGUAGCUGACAUGGCCAAGACAGGCUUUGUUAUGAAUAUAAUUGGCAUCCUUUGCAUUACAUUAGCCAUUAACAGUUGGGGCAAGGCCAUGUUUAAUCUGAACACAUUCCCCUCCUGGGCCAACGUCACUGGAGUGUGA